UCGUGCGUGAGCGUGGAGGAAAUGGUAGCAAGAUGGCGGCGUUGAAGGAGGAGCAGUGCUACGGAUUGUCCUGUGGACGAGUGAGCAAUGGUAGUAAUGUCUCCGUCUUUCACGUAAAACUCACUGACAGCGCCUUGAGAGCAUUUGAAGGUUAUCAAAGCAACAAGGGACUGUCUUCACAACCGCUGAUCCGAUUUACUGGAAGCCAAGGGAAAAUCUCAAUACCACGGUCGGAAAAUCCGAAUGAGCUGCGAACAUUUACUUUCUACUUGUCCAAUGUUGGUAGAGACAACCCACAGGGCAGCUUUGACUGCAUCCAGCAGUACAUCACCAGUGAGGGGAGCAUUCAGCUGGACUGCCUGGGUGGGAUCCAAGACAAGAUCACAGUGUGUGCCACGGACGACUCUUACCAGAAGGCCAGGCAAAGCAUGGCUCAGGCAGAGGAGGAGACCCGCAGCAGGGGUGCUAUCGUCAUCAAGCCUGGCGGGAGAUACGUGGGUAAGAAGGUGCAGAUCCGGAAACCAGCACCUGGGCUGUCUGACAUCGCUCCAUCGCGGCGGACGUCGCGGCCGGUCAUCAUCUCCAGCAGUGUGGUGAAGAAGAGCACGGUGCAGCAGAGGCCCCUGAGGGAGCGCCUCACCCACCUGCUGGCCCUCAAGCCCUACAGGAAGCCUGAGCUCAUCCUGCGCCUGCAGAAGGAUGGCCUCUUGCCCUUUGACAAGGACUCUCUGGACAGCCUUCUGCAACAGGUGGCUAACCUAAAUGUGAGAGACAACACCUUCACAUUGAAGGACUCUUUAUUCAAGGACAUUCAGAAGGACUGGCCAGGCUACACUGAGGGAGACCAGCAACUUCUGAAGAGGAUCCUUGUUCGGAAAAUGUGUCAGGCCCAGAGUCAGACUCCGAGCACUGCCACCACAGUGGCUCCUCCAGCUGAGGUCCCACUCCCAGUGAGCCCUCCCAAAGAGCUGGCUAGCAGCUCCCCGUCGCAGAAACGGCCUGCUGCGGAUUUCAUCGAUCCUCUGGCCAACAAAAAGCCCAGGAUAUCACACAUGGCCAACAAGGCAGCGGUGCCAAUAAAUGGCAAGCAGAGUUCCUCCAAUGGAAAGGAGGUGAGUGGGGCCAUGGUCGCCGUGCCAGCGAUGGGAGAAGGCGUGAUGUCCAGCUCCCAGCUCCCCUUACUGGACAUCCACCGGCCCUUCGACCCACUCUCCGACGUCAGUAACGAUUCCAGCCACAAUGGCCGGGACUGUGAGGGCCAGGAGGCCGCCGUGGCUGAGAGACUGAGCCAGCCACCAGUCUUCUCUGGGCCCGCAGCGCUGUCCGUACCAACCCUGGGCCCCACGUCCCCUGGACACACUGGCCUAGAUGGGCCCCGGGGCAAGAGCACCUCGCCCUCCCUGCACGGCAAGUCCAAGAAGAAGUCCAAAAAACACAAAGACAAGGAAAAGUCCAAAGAGAGGGAACGGGGGAGAGUGAGGGAAAAGGAGAGGAAAGGAGCAGAGGAGCCUGUUCCUGAGCCAAGAAAAGCCUGUGACAUCCCCUCCAGCCCUGAAAACCUGAAGAGCAGUAGUAUUCCACACAGCAGCACAGAUCUCAAUGGAAUGUGCAACAACACCAGUGUUCCUUCAUCAUCAACUGAGAUGACAGACUAUUUAUCGGAGUAUACCGUGAUUGGCUCUUCCGAGCAGCGUCAAACAUACAAGAAUGACUUUAAUACUGAGUAUAGUGAGUACCGGGGCCUCCACGCUCGGAUAGAGGGCAUCACCCGGCAGUUCACUGUGCUCGACACUGAGCUUAAGCAGCUCCAACAAGGCACAGACAAGUACAAGACAAUUCACAAUCAGAUACUCCAAGAGUAUCGUAAAAUAAAAAAGACGAAUCCCAACUAUAGCCAAGAGAAGAACCGCUGUGAAUAUCUACACAGCAAACUGGCACAUAUAAAGAAACUUAUAGCUAAGUAUGAUCAACAGCAACUUCAAAACUGGACUGGUUGACAUUUUCUCUUUUCUCUCUGCAAACCAGACAGAGAAACUCUGGAUUCUGUUUGCUCUAAAAGUACUUAUUAAAGAUGCCAUGAAGGGAGGGAGUAUUCCCCUCAUUGGGGCCAAAAGCACUAGCGAGGACAAAGCAGACCACAUAUUAUUUUAUAUAUUUUUUGAAGAUGUGGCAUGUUUGGCCAGAUCUCUGUGUAGCUACACUGCUUCCAGAAAAGCUUUGCGUGGCGUUUCUCAUACUCCCAGUCCCACUAAGUGCACAGAGAUCUCUCGAAGAGUAGAAAUGGAAAAUCCACAUUCUUUGGAGAUCUCCAAACAGCCUUUCCUGGUUUGUAGACUGGGCGGUGGUGGUGACACUGAAAUGGAGUCGGCAGAUAUUAUGCCAAAUGCAAAUAGUUUGUUUGAGAACAGAUAAAAUGUAAUGAAAUAUAUGGUAUCACAUUUUCCCCAUAUAUUGAAAUGUAAGGUUCUGAUGUUGAACUCUAUUUUACUGUUUCUUUUAUUUAUUGUUUUAUUUUUGGACAUCCAUAGGAGUAACAAGUUCUGUUGUAAUUUUACACUCCUCAAUAUCAGUACUACAAAGCAGUGUCUCUUGUUUUUGUCUUCACAUCUUGAAUGUCAACCAGUAUUUUAUGCAAAAACUGCCUUGGCAAUCAUAUUGUCCAUCUGUUGCGAUUCAUACUUUUUUUUCCUUUUAAAGAGAUACACCUAUCCCCAUCGAUUUAAAUAAAGACUAUGCUAUAAAAAUUCCAGUCAGGCAUAGGUGCCUCUGCUUGGCUUUUCUUACAUAUUGUUCAAAUGUCUUAACCAGAAGGACAUCAUGUAAGAGCAGCCGCAGCCUCUGGUGAUAGGCGCUUACUGAAUUUUUAAGGGUUAACACAAGCUGGGAAACUAUUUUUCACAAUGUCGUGGCAAGCUCUGAUUGUUUUUCGUAUGGUUACAGUGAUGGUACUUGGCUAUGCUUGUGUGCUAUGGGGCAAGGUUGUUUUCCCUACGCAGUUGUUAAACAUUUACAUUUACGUCAUUUAGCAGACGCUCUUAUCCAGAACCAGUUCACUAUGGUGUCAGACUCACUGUCCUCAUGUACACACCAGGCAAAUUUGGAUCAUUGUAUUGUAUCACCUAAUGCAUACAGGGAAGAUGAGGUAAUCAGCGCUUUGACAUAAUGUAGUCUGUUUAAUCACAAGUUGGAAGAUACAGUAUUCGUAUAUCCCAUGCAGCAGCUUUUACCAUUGUAACUUUUCUCUUUGCAACUGUUUAAAGUGUACUGGAAUAUAUUGGUAGGAUCAUUUCCUUCUAAUUCAUGCAAACAAUUUGCUCUUAAACAAGUGUUUUAUUUCCUACAUCUAGUGUUUUGUUCAUCAACAUGAUUGUUAAGACGACUGUUAACCCAAGACCAGCCUCCCCGAUCUUCCAAGUGGAGUGGAUGACUAUUAUCUUUGUAUAUCUGCCAAGCUAAAGUAUUCCAGCGCCUCAACGUGUCCUGAACCCCUGAAAUGAUCAGUAACGCUAUAAUGUUUUUGUAAACUUUGUCACUGAGCUCUCCCGAAAUCACUGUUCAGUCAAGUUUGUUCUAGUCAACUAAUGCAUUUCUGAUAUUAACCUUUCUAUGUGAAAUAUGAGAAAUCUGCACUUUUUUUCAGCAAAUCUUACUGUUACUCUUACCUGGGUUUUGUCUAAAUGAGACGUUUCCCUUUGUCCAUCAGAGUGCAUGCUUUAUGACCUGUAUUUGUAUCUUUACGUAAAACUGCUGCCUAAGGAUAUACAAAUCCAAGCAAAGGCCUGAUCAGACCUCAAUAUGGAAACUUUCUGACUAGCAUUAAUACCAAAACAAAAUGCUCUCCCAGGAAUUGAGCAAAUGGCAAAAUGAUUUGAGUAUUUUCUACUUACCAUUGGUGAUAAAGAAUUGUUGAUUUAGUUGGAAAAUACUGUAAUUUUAAUCCGUAUUUGCCCUACGAAAUUUAAUCUAGUCUUUGGUUACGACGUGAGCGGGGCUCAUAUUCACUUCAAAUGGGCUCUCCAUGCUUCUGCUCAGAUGUUUCAAUGUAAUGUAUGUUUACUGUAUCAUCACUUCCUAAAAUCCAAACACUACACAACAUGGCCAGCGUUCAGAGAUUCAUUUAUCACAAUGCUGAUUAUUGGGGCUGAUUUGAGAUUGCAUCUGGAAAGAGGACGUUGCGGUCUUAUGAAUGUUUUGUGACCAGAAUCAAUUCUCAGCAUCACCCAUUACUGUGGAACCCUUUAAAUAAGUCACUUUUCACUGGUCUCUGAGUGAGUUGUUUUAUAGAGACAUUCUGAUAGGAUUACUGUAUACAUUUCUCUUGCGGUCAAAUCUAUGUUGAUGCCAUUCUCUUCAUCAAUAAAGAUGGUAAAGGCAUUUAUUGGCUCAGAUAUGGAGCUAAGUUGUGUUUAAGUAUGAAUUGCCAGUACAGAACCCCAUGGUAUGAGUUGAAUGUGCCAAAUGACCUGUUGUAUAGGUUUUCAUAUGACUACAAAUGGUGCUGUUUUAGCAAAGAGAUGGCUUUGGAGGAGACUCUGCGAUGUUGGCGCUUAAACCCAAAGCACGCUUUUUGAAACCGUAAGGGAUUAGGACUGAAAUUGAUCUUUAUUUGAAUAAAAUUAUUUCAAAUCCUUA